GUCGCCGUCCCCGGUCCAACUCGCCGCGUACGCAGCUUCCCAGCCAACCAACCAGGCAGCAGGGGGACGCGAGCGAAUCGUACGCGGGCGCGGGUCGACCGGCUUCGGGCGGGCGAUGGCGACGCGGCGGGGCAGGGGUUGGGCGCGCGGCGCGGCGGCGUUCGCGGCCGUGGCGCUGGCGGUGGGCGCGGGCCGGCGGUACGGGUGGGACGGGGCCUCCGCGGUGGCGGCGUUCCGCGAGGCCCGCGGCGCGCUGGGGCCAUGGGCGGCGCCGGCCUACGUGGCCGCACACGCGCUCACGCUCGCGCUCUGCCCGCCCUACGCCAUCUUCUUCGAGGGUGGCGCCGCGCUCGUCUUCGGAUUCCUGCCCGGCGUCGCGUGCGUCUUCUCCGCCAAGGUCCUCGGCGCAUCCAUCUCCUUCUGGAUCGGAAGGGCAGUUUUCAGAUAUUUCACUUCAGCAAUGGAAUGGCUACAGAGGAACAAGUACUUCCAUGUUGUGGUUAAAGGGGUUGAGCAGGAUGGCUGGAAAUUUGUAUUGCUUGCUAGAUUCUCGCCUCUGCCUUCCUACAUCAUCAACUAUGCUCUAUCAGCUACGAAUGUUGGAUUUUUCAGAGAUUUUCUCUUUCCAACAAUUGUGGGCUGCUUACCAAUGAUACUGCAGAAUGUGUCAAUCGUAAGCCUUGCUGGUGCAGCAGUGGCCUCCACUACAGGAUCUAAGAAGUCCAGUAUCUACUCUUACCUGUUUCCAGCAAUUGGCAUUGUGUCCAGCAUUCUAAUUUCUUGGAGGAUUAAGCAGUAUUCUUCUGCACUUGCUAUUCCUAAUGAGCUUAAGAGUGCACCUACAAAUGGAAAUUCCAACGGUGAUGCUAAGCUGGCUUCGGCGCCAUCUACAAAUACCAACUCUGGGAAAACUAGGAAGAGAAGGUGACUGGCAGUAUCUGCCCUGUGUCCACGAUUUACUACAUUGCAAUGGCAGCAAUGGAGUAUCAAGCAGCUACACUCAGAUGCUAGUCAAAGACUUAAUUUACACAUUGGUGUAUCACUGCAGUGCUAUGCUAUCUGUUUCAUGCCAUGGUUUUUUGGGUGCAUUUAACAGAUGCUACCUUCUCGUUUCUGUCCUUUGAGCUUCUCUUGUUCUAGCGGAUAGCAAGGUGAAUGUAUGAUAGAAGCUCACAUGUUGUGCAUCCAGAGUAAUCUGGUGGUUUAGACUGCUUAUCUGACUGUAUCUUGUACUGAACUUAAUGUAUAUCCGAAGAGGUAAUAUAAGAUAUUCUUCUGUAUCAGAAUUUGAUUCA